UUAGCCAUUUCUUAAAGGCCGAGAGGGAGAAUAUGAAGAGAGGGAGAUCAAGUGCUCAAUUUACAAAAGUAAAGAUCGAAAGGGAUGCAGAACCGGAUCCAUGGUCAUUAAGUCGAACGAUGCAAAUUAUUAUUCAAGAUGAUACCUAUAGAGACAUGAUUAAUUGGCAUUCAUUACCAAAAUCAUUUUUACCCCCCAAGUUUAAACUCGAGGACAGUGGCCUUUCAGAAUCAAAAGCUUUUAUCCUUAUGGUUGAACCAGAUGAUUGUAUAGCUGCAGUUAAAGCAUAUAUUCAAGAGGAAAAGGGGAUUCCAUUUAAGAAACAGAAGCUAUUGAAUAAAGAUGGGGGAGUUUUAAGAGAUACACAGACUCUUCUUUCUGCGGAAAUCAAGCUAGGUUCUACCUUAAUCCUUCGAUAUGCACCAAUAACACAAAUAUCUGUGAAAACUCUUACGGGACGCACUAUAUGGUUAAUGGUUGAGGGUGAUGAUACCGUUGCAGAUGUUAAGGCUGUAAUUCAAGAAAAGGAGGGAAUUAGGUUUCAUAAGCAGAGGUUACUCUACAAUGGACAAAUAUUAGAAGAUGACAAGCUUCUUGUCCACUGCGGAAUUCAGUAUGACAGUGUUUUGGAUCUUCUCUUAAGGUUGUGCGGUUGUUGAAUAUUGCACAAUCUUGCCUGGCAAGGAUAUAUACAGGAUUAUGUUUUUUUUUUUUUUUUUUUUUUUUUUUUUUUUUUUUUUUUUUUUUUUUUUUUUUUUUUUUUUUUUUUUUUUUUUUGAUUGACUAGAUUUUUUCUAUGUUUUUCCUGUAUUUGUUGAACAACUUCCUGUAUAAUGUUUGGUAAGUGCCGUUCGAGCUAAGCAUGGAUCGAUUAUCCUUUUCAAUCAAUUUGUUUUCACUUUCUUUGGAGCCAAAGCCAACCGCUCGCACCUUCUAAUCGGGGAAUUUAUAGUUCUCUUCCACACGUGUCCGAACCAUCUAAGCUUUGCUUUCCGCAUCUUGUUGUCCACGGGAGCAACGCGCAUCCAGACCUUUCUAAUGAAAUUUUACUGGGUA